CGCAGCCCCGGCCAUGCCGCCCCCCGCCGCGCUGCUGCUCCUGGCGCUGCUGCUGCCGCCGCCCCCCGCCCGCGGCGAACCCGAGCCCCGCGAGCUGCGCCUCGAGACCCUCGUGCCCCCCCCCGAGGGCUGCUCGGAGCUGUCGGCGCCGGGGGACACGGUGCACAUCCACUACACGGGCACCCUGGAGGAUGGCCGCAUCAUCGACACCUCGCUGAGCCGGGACCCACUCCAGGUGGAGCUGGGCAAGCGCCAAGUCAUCCCCGGCCUGGAGCAAAGCCUGCUGGACAUGUGUGUGGGGGAGAAGCGCAGAGCCAUUAUCCCCCCUCACCUGGCCUACGGCAAGCGGGGCUCCCCUCCCAGCAUCCCAGGUGAUGCGGUGCUGCGGUUCGAGGUGGAGCUGGUGGCUUUAUCCCGGGCCAGUUACUGGCAGAAGGUGGUGAACGAGGUGGUGCCGCUGCUGUGCCUGGCGCUGGUGCCGGCGCUGCUGGGGCUCAUCGGGUACCACCUCUACCGCAAGGCCAGCAGCCCCAAGCUCUCCAAGAAGAAGCUGAAGGAGGAGAAGAGGAACAAAGCCAAAAAGAAAUAAAGCCUUCCCGUUGGCAUCCGUGGCUGCUCUGU